AUGGAGUCGCCGAGCUUAUCGCCCCGUUGGCGCAUCGUCAGUCGCGCUGAGUCCCUCUUAUCGUCCCUUCGCCGUGUCGCGUCGAAUCUAACGUUCAGCUGGGUGAAUCCCCUCGUCGCACUUGGCUCUCGACGCCAGUUGUCGCCCGUAGAUUUGCUUCCUCUGCCUGCUGACGUGGAGCCACGUGUGUGCGGGCAGCUCCUUUGGACGAAAUGGGAGGAGGAACGAGCAGCAGGCGACGACAACGGCAUGCGCGCAUCACGCGGCGACGGUCAGACGAGUGGUGUGUGGGGAGAACCGUCUCAGUCGGACCGGGAUUUCCAUAUAGACGGGCCGUCGUCGCGUGAACGGCGCAGGCGCAGCGCGCAGCGAGGAGCGCCGUCGCUGCUGCGAUGCAUGGUGGCCAUCUUCGGCGCGGAAUACCUCAUGAUCGGCGGCAUCAAGCUGGUGAACGAUGCGCUGGCCUUCGCGGGGCCGCUGCUGCUGCACCAACUCGUGUCCGUCCUCGACAGCGGCUCCCCUACCCUCACCCUGCACCCAGCUUCUCCGGCCCCUGCCACCCACGGGCCUGCCACGCUCCCCACGCCGUGGUCGUAUGGCCUCGCUUGCGCUCUCGCCAUCGGCGCCACCUCUGCCCUGAGGGCGUUCCUAGGUGCGCACUACUCGUACCGCCUGGCGCGCAUGGGCCUCAAGCUGCGCGCCGCCAUCGCCACCUGCGUCUUCGCCAAGGUGCUGGCAGUGAGCGCAGCACAGAGGGAGUCGUUCGAGGGUGGCGAGGUGCAGACGCUCAUGAGUGUGGACGCGGAUAGGCUUGUCAACCUUGUCAUGUCGCUGCACGACCUGUGGGGUCUGCCUCUGCAGAUCCUUGUGGCGCUGCUGCUGCUCUACUGGCAGGUAAGCUACGCCUUUCUGGCUGGCCUCGCUGUUGUGCUGCUUCUCAUCCCAGUGAACCGGUGGCUGGCGGGCCGGAUAGGAGAGGCGAGCAAGCAGAUGAUGGCCAGCAAGGAUGCCAGGGUGCAGGCGAUGCAGGAGCUGUUGGACCACGUGGCAGCAGUGCGCGCCAUGGCCAUGGAGGGCGCUCUGCUCUCCCGCAUCAAUGCCGCCCGCCACCUCGAGCUCUCUGCUCUCGCCGUGCGCAAGUACCUGGACGCGUGGUGUGUGUACUUCUGGGCGUGCAUACCUGUGCUCGUUCGAGUUCACUCCAAGUCACCCACCUGCUCCCCCCACCCCUGGUAUCCAUCAGGUGCGCAAGUACCUGGACGCGUGGUGUGUGUACUUCUGGGCGUUCACACCCGUUCUCUUCUCCCUCGCCACCUUCUCCUCGCUGCUGCUCCUUGGUCGCUCACUCAAUGCCCCCGUGGUGUUCACGAGUGUAGCACUCUUCAACGUGCUGCUGGGGCCGCUCAACUCCUUCCCAAUCUAUCCCACGCCCUCCUUCCCUCACCGUUCAACAAUCUAUCCCUCAACAAUCUGUUCCACAGCUGGACCACCGCGCGCGCGCCUGGACCAACGCGCGUGCCUGGACCACCACGCGCGCGCCUGGACCAACGCGCGCCCCUGGACCAACGCGCGCCCCUGGACCAACGCGCGCGCCUGGACCAACGCGCGCGCCUGGGCCAACGCGCGCGCCUGGACCAACGCGCGCCCCUGGACCAACGCGCGCGCCUGGACCAACGCGCGCGCCUGGACCAACGCGCGCGCGCCUGGACCAACGCGCGCGCGCCUGGACCAACGCGCGCGCGCCUGGACCAACGCGCGCGCCUGGACCAACGCGCGCGCCUGGACCAACGCGCGCGCCUGGACCAACGCGCGCGCCUGGACCAACGCGCGCGCCUGGACCAACGCGCGCGCCGGGACCAACGCGCGCGCCGGGACCAACGCGCGCGCCGGACCAACGCGCGCGCCGAGACCAACGCGCGCGCCUGGACCAACGCGCGCGCCUGGACCAACGCGCGCGCCUGGACCAACGCGCGCGCCUGGACCAAGGCGCGCGCCUGGACCAAGGCGCGCGCUUGGACAAACGCGCGCUCCUGGACAAACGCGCGCGCCUGGACCAACGCGCGCGCCUGGACCAACGCGCGCGCCUGGGCCAACGCGCGCGCCUGGGCCAACGCGCGCGCCUGGGCCAACGCGCGCGCCUGGGCCAACGCGCGCGCCUGGGCCAACGCGCGCGCCUGGGCCAACGCGCGCGCCUGGGCCAACGCGCGCGCCUGGACCAACGCGCGCGCCUGGACCAACGCGCGCGCCUGGACCAACGCGCGCGCCUGGACCAACGCGCGCGCCUGGACCAACGCGCGCGCCUGGACCAACGCGCGCGCCUGGACCAACGCGCGCGCCUGGACCAACGCGCGAGCCUGGACCAACGCGCGAGCCUGGACCAACGCGCGCGCCUGGACCAACGCGCGCGCCUGGACCAACGCGCGCGCGCCUGGACCAACGCGCGCGCGCCUGGACCAACGCGCGCGCCUGGACCAACGCGCGCGCCUGGACCAACGCGCGCGCCUCGACCAACGCCCGCGCCUCGACCAACGCGCGCGCCUCGACCAACGCGCGCGCCUCGACCAGCGCGCGCGCCUCGACCAACGCGCGCGCCUCGACCAACGCGCGCGCCUGGACCAACGCGCGCGCCUGGACCAACGCGCGCGCCUGGACCAACGCGCGCGCCUGGACCAACGCGCGCGCGUGGACCAACGCGCGCGCCUGGACCAACGCGCGCGCCUGGACCAACGCGCGCGCCUGGACCAACGCGCGCGCCUGGACCAACGCGCGCGCCUGGACCAACGCGCGCGCCUGGACCAACGCGCGCGCCUGGACCAACGCGCGCGCCUGGACCAACGCGCGCGCCUGGACCAACGCGCGCGCCUGGACCAACGCGCGCGCGCCUGGACCAACGCGCGCGCGCCUGGACCAACGCGCGCGCCUGGACAAACGCGCGCGCCUGGACCAACGCGCGCGCCUGGACCAACGCGCGCGCCUGGACCAACGCGCGCGCCUGGACCAACGCGCGCGCCUGGACCAACGCGCGCGCCUGGACCAACGCGCGCGCCUGGACCAACGCGCGCGCCUGGACCAACGCGCGCGCCUGGACCAACGCGCGCGCCUGGUCCAACGCGCGCGCCUGGACCAACGCGCGCGCGCCUGGACCAACGCGCGCGCCUGGACCAACGCGCGCGCGCCUGGACCAACGCGCGCGCCUGGACCAACGCGCGCGCCUGGACCAACGCGCGCGCCUGGACCAACGCGCGCGCCUGGACCAACGCGCGCGCCUGGACCAACGCGCGCGCCUGGACCAACGCGCGCGCCUGGUCCAACGCGCGCGCCUGGACCAACGCGCGCGCGCCUGGACCAACGCGCGCGCCUGGACCAACGCGCGCGCCAGUACCAACGCGCGCGCCAGUACCAACGCGCGCGCCUGGACCAACGCGCGCGCCUGGACCAACGCGCGCGCCUGGACCAACGCGCGCGCGCCUGGACCAACACGCGCGCCUGGAGAAAGAGGAGCGGAGCGCUGGCGAGGAGAGAGAGGAGCGGAGCGCUGGCGAGGAGAGAGAGGAGCGGAGCGCUGGCGAGGAGAGAGAGGAGCGGAGCGCUGGCGAGGAGAGAGAGGAGCGGAGCGCUGGCGAGGAGAGAGAGGAGCGGAGCGCUGGCGAGGAGAGAGAGGAGCGGAGCGCUGGCGAGGAGAGAGAGGAGCGGAGCGCUGGCGAGGAGAGAGAGGAGCGGAGCGCUGGCGAGGAGAGAGAGGAGCGGAGCGCUGGCGAGGAGAGAGAGGAGCGGAGCGCUGGCGAGGAGAGAGAGGAGCGGAGCGCUGGCGAGGAGAGAGAGGAGCGGAGCGCUGGCGAGGAGAGAGAGGAGCGGAGCGCUGGCGAGGAGAGAGAGGAGCGGAGCGCUGGCGAGGAGAGAGAGGAGCGGAGCGCUGGCGAGGAGAGAGAGGAGCGGAGCGCUGGCGAGGAGAGAGAGGAGCGGAGCGCUGGCGAGGAGAUAGAGGAGCGGAGCGCUGGCGAGGAGAGAGAGGAGCGGAGCGCUGGCGAGGAGAGAGAGGAGCGGAGCGCUGGCGAGGAGAGAGAGGAGCGGAGCGCUGGCGAGGAGAGAGAGGAGCGGAGCGCUGGCGAGGAGAGAGAGGAGCGGAGCGCUGGCGAGGAGAGAGAGGAGCGGAGCGCUGGCGAGGAGAGAGAGGAGCGGAGCGCUGGCGAGGAGAGAGAGGAGCGGAGCGCUGGCGAGGAGAGAGAGGAGCGGAGCGCUGGCGAGGAGAGAGAGGAGCGGAGCGCUGGCGAGGAGAGAGAGGAGCGGAGCGCUGGCGAGGAGAGAGAGGAGCGGAGCGCUGGCGAGGAGAGAGAGGAGCGGAGCGCUGGCGAGGAGAGAGAGGAGCGGAGCGCUGGCGAGGAGAGAGAGGAGCGGAGCGCUGGCGAGGAGAGAGAGGAGCGGAGCGCGGUGGCGAGGUGA